AUGAAAGAUAUAUCAAUAACAACGUUUAACUGUGGGAAACACUUUCCUUACGAUGAAAGAGUGCAACUCCAAUCAGUAUUGGAUUGCUUGAUCCCACCGAGUUCGGAUCCCCUAGAUUUAUACGUAAUAGGAUUCCAAGAAUUAGUAGAGAUAUGGGAAGGGUCAUUUACUCAAAUAGUUAAUAAUGGGUUGUUGAAGAUUGCUGAUGGGGUAGUUUCUUUAUUACAGUUACGGUUUCCCGAUGAACACUUUCAGGUCAUAGCGACUUCGAAUUUGGGUGCCAUCGGUAUGGUAAUAGUUGGAAAACAAUAUUUACAGAUAAGAGACAUUCAGAAGGGCAAUUGUUCAAGAGGGAUGUUUUACUCAAACUUGAAAGGUGGUACUGCUAUCCAUAUGAACCUGUUGGAAGAUGAUAGGUGGGAGAAUUUUGUAUUUAUGAACUGUCACCUUGCGGCAAAUGAAGGUGAAUGGAACAGAGAAUUAAGGGUUCAAGACCAAGAUGCGAUCAUUAAAAGUUGUUUUAAUCAGUUUCAGUUGGCUUCAAUGUCUCGAUCUCAUGUAUUCUUUUUAGGAGAUCUCAAUUUCAGAAAUUUCAAGCAAUACGAUGCAUACUCGACAGAUUAUUCAAAUACGUACACUAGGCAAGAGAUAUUGCAAGAAAUAGAUGAAUUGAACAUUUUAAGACACAGAGGAACUAUUUUUGAAGGGUUUGAGGAGCCACCUAUUACAUUCUUACCUACAUUCAAGUAUAUACUGGAUGGUACAAACAAAUAUAAUCCAAAACGAGUUCCCUCAUGGUGCGAUCGAGUUCUAUAUUCCACUUAUAAUAGUAAAAUUAAAACCAAGUAUACGUCAAUGAGGAGAGAACAGCCAUUAUUAUUUAGUGAUCAUCAACCAGUGAAUCUCACCGCCACCUUACCAGAAUUGUACUACCCUCGACACGCAAUAACGAUAAGUUCGAUAAGUACCAACCAUGUAACGGAUUUAGUUGACACAGUUAUCGGAUAUACAGGCUGGAUGGUUUCUUUAAGGGUACAUUGGUGUAUAUUGGCUCUUUUGAUUUUAUUUAUCAUUUACAAAAAACUUAUAUAA